AUGCUUGCCGUUAUCUCGACACAUCCAUUACAUACUUAUAUAGAAAAAGUCAGUACGGAGAUCAACACCGUUGUUAGGAAAUUGGUCAAUACACUUGCUCUGGACUCUUCGUCCAGAAGCACUAGUGGAGACCUUUCAGCACGUUUACGAAAAGUACGCACAGCACCAUUAGCAUCAAUUAGUCCAAUUGACGAUAAUUCAGUCAUCGCACGACUUGUUCAACACGUUGCACCAAUCAAUGUUGUUUCUGCCCUUUCAGCAAGUGAUUUUCAUAUCCCAGCUGCCUUGUCAAUAGAAACACCACCUGCCGAGGAAAUUUCCUCUAUGAAGAUGCCCUCAACGUCGACGAUAACUGUGAUUUCGAAUGAUAGUCAAAGUGAACCAACAGAUGAAAUAUCCUACAAUGACGCCGAUCAAACGACUCUAUCAUCGUUUGCAACCAUUGACGAGCCCAUCGAUGAUAGAACCAAAUACGGCGAAAAAAGAAGGCAUAAUAUCGUCGAAUUGAUUGAAACGGAAAAGGAAUAUGUGAAAGAUCUAGCCUUAAUUGUGGAAGGAUAUAUGAACAUUCUCGAAAAUGAUAAAGAAAUCAAAAAGCCAACGGGAUUGUGUGGCCGGGAGCGCGUUGUUUUCGGUAAUGUGCAAAGAAUCUAUGAGUUUCAUCGCGAUACAUUUCUUCCUCAGCUUGAACAAUGCAUUGAAAGCCCGAAUAUUCUCGGUCGAUUAUUCACCACAAAUCGAUUCAGUCCAUAUGUUCGCUACUGUGAAAAUAAACCACGUUCGGAAUACAUCGUUUCCGAAUAUCACGAUUAUUUCGAAGAAAUUCGUAAGAAACUCGGUCAAAAACUACUUGUCUCAGAUUUAUUGAUUAAACCUGUUCAACGUAUCAUGCGCUAUCAAUUAUUAUUAAAAGAAAUUCUCAAGUCCACUGAGCGUAUGGGUGACGAGCCACGUGCGAUACGUAGCGCGUUACAAGUCAUGAUCGAAGUUCCACAGCAGGCAAACGAUAUGAUGAAUGUCGGUCGAAUAAAAGACUUGUCAACGAAUGUGCAUCAAUUAGGUGAACUUAAAUUACAAGAUAUGUUGUUGGUGAGUGAACCGGUAACACCGAAAGAUACGAAAGAUGCGGAGAAGAAACUGAAAGAACGACGAGUAUUUCUCUUUCAACAAUCAAUGAUAUUUUGUGAUGAAAUACCUGCGAAAGAUAAAUAUUCGAGUCCAAAUUAUAUUUACAAAUACGAACUCAAAAUCAACAAAUUGCAGCACAAAGAGUUCAAACGUAAUAAGGAACUAUGUCAAUUUACAUUAGUAGAAGUCGAUGCGGGAAAUAUUCGUCGAGUUAUUUGUCAAUGUAAAGAUGAUGAACAAUACGAACUAUGGGUUACUAAUGUAAAUAAGGUGCUUCAACGUCAGAUGGAUCUUAUCAUAGCUCUAACUAAUCCAACAGCUGCUCUACAAAAAGAGUUAUUAACAUGGGAAAUACCUGAAUGGAGACAAUCAGGUCGUCGACAUUUUUCAUCGAAUAACGCUGCUGUUAUUCUAUCAUCACAUUCGAACAUGCAAGAUUCGUCCACGUUAUCGUUUACAUCAUCGUCCAGAAAUCAAAUCAAGAAGGCCAUGUCUGAUCGGUCCAGUACAUUUUCGGAAAUGUCGAUUACAUCUACUGCAAAUAAACCAGCUGAAAUUCCUCAGAAGAAAACAUCUCUAUCGUUUAAUUUAUUCGAUUCAAUUCUAUCACGUACAACAACAAAACCGCAAUCAAUUCGUGCCACUAAGAAGAAGUCGCCGACGUAUUUAUCGUCAUCAUCCUGUCCUCAGACAUCUAUGGAGAUACCCGAACAAGUUCGAUGUCUAUGUAAUUACAAUGCUAUUAAAGAUGAUGAAAUCUGUGUACAUAAAGGAGAUUAUGUUCAAAUUUUAACUACUAGUCAAGAUAAUCGUUGGUUCGUUCGUCAUCGUAUACAUCGAACGACUUCGAGUAUCCAAGGUUGGGUACCGGGCUUUGUUCUUGGACGUCAGAAUUCGAAUACAAGUACAAAUCUAUCUGCAUCAACAUUGCCAAGUUCAUCUCGUUCGGCGAAUAGUCUUAAUCAAGUCUGA